CUCACAAGAGCAAGUGAAGCGCGGACCCUCUUGCCUCCCCGCCCACCGCAGCCAGGAAGCCCGGCCGCAUCCCGAGCGCCUCCGUGCCCGGGCGGCGAGCGUCCCGAGCAGAAUCCAGGUGAGUCGAGCAGGUGAGCCGGCACGUUCCCAGGCGAGGUUGCCGCGAGCGCCGCCAGAUGGCAGCAGCGGCGAUUUGUUUUUGUUUUUUUUCCGAGUUUUUUUGUUGUCAACAUUACAAGAUGUGACGACGGGAUGCGCCCAUUGAGGUUGUGAAAAAUGGCCCAGUCAGGUGGCGGCUCGUCCCGACGGGGGGCUCAGGCUCCACUGCCGGGCGCACAUCCUCAUCCACCUCCCCCCCACACACACGACCCAGUGUCCUUACCCUACCACUGGCAUGACAAGCAGGAGCUCAUCCAGAGGGAGCUGGAGGAGGCCCGAGCCCGUGCCACGCAGAUGGAGAAGACCAUGAGGUGGUGGUCAGACUGCACUGCCAACUGGAGAGAAAAAUGGAGCAAGGUAAGGAGUGAGCGCAACAAGGCACGGGAGGAGGUGAGGAUCCUCCGCGGGCGUCUCGAGGUCUCCCAGAGAGAGACUGGAGUCCUUAGACGGGAGAAGAACGACCUGGAAGCCCAAAUGGCCCUCAUAACCCAGACGCACAUGAUGAGGUCGCGGAACAAAGACGACCUGGUGGAAAAGCCGACCGAUCUGAGAGAUCAGGUAGAUACGGAGGAUAUUAACAACCACAAAGGAGACUCACCAGAGCGAGAUGGCAGCACUCCCGCCCGUCCAAUCACCCAGACCGAAGCAGAGAAGCUGUCCAGCGACGAACUCCAGUUCAUCCGUGAUGCCAAGAACACCAACUUCAGCCUCCUAGAGGAAAUGUUUGGUUCUCGGGGAAGCCACCACGAGGAGAAUGUAAAUGUGGAGGCAGGCAUUCCCCAGAGUGGUGUUGAGAAUGUGUCUGUGUAUGCCCACAAGGCCAGCGAGGCCUCACGCCUAAGUGAGAAGUGCCGUGCAGGACGGGAGGUCAAGGACCUCAUUUGUGAUGAGUACUUGAAAGAUAGUGCAGUGAAGGAGAUGCCCGAAAACUGUCACCACCCACAGCGGGAGAAUGACGUGGAGGAGAAACUAAUCCACAACCAACAGCAGGAACUAGCAUUCAGAGACAGUGCUAUAUUGCCGCCCACUGGGAGUGGCAACAGCAGUACACAGCCGUCCCCAUCCCACAGAAUAUCGACCAUGUCAGACCCUUUACCAGACACAUGCCACAUCAAUCCUAGAAUAUCAGCAGUGUCAGACCCCAUGAGUGAAGUGUGCGGUGGUAGCGAGUGCAGUGAGGGGGGCUACGAGGAGCCUAUCCGACCCAGCGAUACCUGUGCCAAUGCCAACCCUGGUGCCAACAGGAGAGGCUGGAGGACAAACAAUGGUGGAAGUGUGAUGGAAAGCAGCACUGGAGGCUCAGUUAUAGAUGACACUGGCAUCACCCCCGAGCAAGAAACCCUUGAGCAGCAGCUGAAGAUGAUGAAGCUGCGGCUGGAAGAAGCCACCAAGACCAUUCAGGCAGAGAGAGAUGAAAAAUUGAUACUCCAUCGUGAGGUUUCAAAAUGGCAGUCAGAGGCCAAUGAAUUACGUGCCCGCCUGGAGGACAUUCGAGCAUCUCGACAGGAGGCCGUCAAGGAAUUGGUCUCGCUCCGCACCCAACACCAAAAGGAAGUUCAGUGCUUGCAGCUGGAGAUGCUGGAUGAGGCGUCAUCAAGAGAAUGUGUCGAUCGUAGGCUUGCAGAUCUCAGAGCAGAACUGGAACGUCUGCAAGAAGAAAAUGCCAAAGAAUGGGGCCGAAGAGAGAGGCUUGAGAGUGAAAAAAUAGGCAUGGAACGGGACAACAAGAAGCUCAGAGCGCAGGUCAGUGACUUGGAAGAGAGGUUAGACAAGAGAAACAAACUCGCAGCUUCAACGCCCGAUUCUGACGUUGCCCAGCUGAAGCAAGAGAUUGCAGAUAAGUAUAAGGAGCUGUCGGAACUCAAGCACGCACAUGCCAAGCUCAAGAAAGUCCUGGCCGACAAGUCAGUGGAGCUCCAGCACACAACCCGACGAGCUGACCAGUACGAGAGCGAGGUGAAGCGCCUCAGGGGUCGGGUCGAAGAGCUGAAGAAGGAGCUGGCAGCUUCAGAGGAUGAGGUUGACGGUGCUACCAAUAAUAUCAGGAAACUGCAACGAGGCAAUGACGAGCUCCAGGAAACCGUUGAGAACCUAGAGCUACAGGUGGAGCACUUGCAGUCCCGUCUGCGCUCCUCCCAGGCUGCUUCACUACCUCUUCGCACAGCCAACUUACUCCAGGAUUCAGAUGACGAUCAUGCACAAUUUUAAGAAAUGGAAGUGAUCUAGGCAUAGCUACCAUGAGAAACAAAAGGUACUCAUAGAUGGUAUAUAUAAAUGGUAUAUAUAUAUAUAUUCACAUAUAUAUUUAAAGGUUUAUAUAGCAGUUUUGUAAAUUAUUGAAAAAAAGAAUCUUCCUAAUCUACUUCAUCAUUCGCUGAUAAUCAACAUGACAUGACUCCAUGUAGAGUUGACCAGUGUAGAGAAAGUUUGCUGGUUAUGACAGUACUACAAGUCAUGAGCACUUGCUAACCAUUCCCCAUAAAGCAAACAGAAAAGGGACUGAAGCCAGGUUGUGGCCAAGGAAUAAGAAGAGCUAGGAUAUAAGGAGUAUCAAGUAUGCUUGCCUGACACAUGUGAAGUUACUUGUAAGUUACAAGUGCCUCUCAGACAUGUUAAACUAAUUCUCUACUCCGUCUAUGUUAGGUGCAUUAAGCAGUGUUUGAGUAGUGGUUCAUAACUAAUCAAAGACAGAACUAAAGAAACAGACAAGUACUCUUAUGGACUCAUAAAAAAUGAUACAUUUCACCAAAAACAGAUAUUUAUAUACAUUAGGUUAUUUACAUAUAAAAUUUAUGAUCUGACUUCUCAGAUAACAUAGCAAAUUUAUGUACACUCAUACACAUACUGUAGAUAUGAUACAGAUAUACAAGAUCAUAUAUACAUACACAGAUGUAUAUUUUUUCUAUUUUUAGUCACACUCAUACAAAAAAUCAUGCAUACAUACUGUAUAUUUAGAUAUUCAGUGGCAAUAACAGAUGGAGGCAAAGAAUAUAAUUUAUGGUUAAAAACUGCAAACCAUGCAUAAUGUAAGAAUUCAUUUAGGUUCAUCACAAAGACAGUGGGAAGAGAUGAUAAUAACAUAAAGAUUUAUCAUGAGAGAAUACAACUUUGUGGUUUGUGAACACCACUGUCAUAUGUGAUAAACAGAACCUUGUGCUGAUGGACGCACUGCCAAGUUCAUCAAACACGCUCCUCAUUGGUAGCUCAAAUGUAAGUGCAGUAAUAUUUACUGUGUAUUGGAGAAGUGUGUUGGAUGCCUGUAAGAACUCUUUUUGCCUUAUAACUGUGGUAUCUGACUGUCAGUUUCAGGCAGGAAAAUGUAGGAUGAAAGGAAAAGAAAUGGCAUAAGUUUCUCUUCUUUGGCAUUAUAUGAUGAUGAUGGUACAGUUGCCUCAAGAAGUUCCUGUGUACCCUUUGUGCAAAUUCCUCAUGAUAUGACACCCUCUCACUAGUAGCGUAACUUUAUGGCUAAAUGGGCAUUCAUUCUGCAUUGACAUUAAGUACAUAUGGCAUGACAGGUAUCAGUUUUAUGGUAAUAAGGGAAUGAUUGGAAUAUCACCAGGGGUAAAGAAACUUUUAAAGGCAGCUGUGCUUGGACUCGUUUUCUUCUUCUUCUUCUUCUUCUUCUUCUUCUUCUUCCUCUUCCUAUAAUUCAUUCAUUAAUUUAUGUGUUGUUUAAUUGCAAUGAUAUUUAAGAAGGUGUUUAAUGCCAGACUUCUCCAAAAUAUGCAAUCAUUUCUAUCCACUCUUCAUUUUUAUUUACAAGAAUUGAGACUGCCAGAUAAGUGUUACAUAUAUGUGUAUGUUAUGUAGAGAAUUACGUUGAAUCUCAAGUAAACUGUGAAGGGUUAAGACAAAGAGAAGAAUGUAAUUGUGUGUUCAUGUCUUAGUAUUUUCUUUCAUUGUACAGUUUCAUCAAGUUGGAGUUGAUGUUUAUUUGUAAAGAUGAACUAGAGAUGCCAUGUGCUCUUAUGCAGGCAAUGUGACAGUUGAAUGUACAUUUUGAAGGGAAAUACUUCCUUUAUCUAAUGCCAACAUUAUUAUCCCUCCAUUACUCCCCCAAGUGAUUAGUUUUAAGGCCAUUUAAUACUCAUUGUCACUUUCAAUGGAUUUCACUGUUUUGUUACUUGUAUGUUUUGUGUAAUCCAACCUGAGUAUCUUAUCCAAUUUACAUUUUGAUUCUCAUGUGUUCUUGACUUUUUUUCAAUGAACAUAAAGCAUCUUCUGCACAUGACUGAUAUUUAAAACCAGAUUUAAGUUUUAGUUUUUUGAAAGAUAUUCUAACUAGUUAUUGCUGUAUGUGAAUAAGCUUUGCUACUAAACAGUAUUUUUUUUUUUUUUCUUCUUCUUUUUAAGAAUUAUACACAAAAUCUCUCUUUUCUAGUACUAGACAUAACUAGCACUCUCUCUAACGUGAAAUUUCAUAGAAUUGUAAAAGAUAAAAUUAUGUAUUGCAUUAAUACAACCCCCUCAUCCAAAGCAAUAGUAAUAGAAGUACUUGAUAGAAAUUAUUUUAGCAAAUUUUGCCAGCUGAUUAGAAAAUAGUUACAGUGCAAAAGCCAUCCAAACCAUGACCCGUAUUGGUUAGAUUUCAGAAGUCCCUCCCUGGAUUUUUUAUGUUUAGAAAAUGGAGAUCAGUUUAUAUGAAAAAAUUCAUCCUCAUGAUUGGUGAUUUCUUGUAAAUUUCCAGUGCUCAUUGAGGUCUUGAGGAGCUGA